UGGAAAACCCGGCUCUACAGUUCACCGAUCUAUGGCGCUGACGUCAACGGCUCCUUAUUUGAUGCAAACACUAAGCAGUGGAACCUCAGACACCUGGGUACCAUUCAGGACCUGCUGGAGCAGGAGUGUGGGGUGGUCAUUGAAGGCGUCAACACACCCUACCUGUACUUCGGCAUGUGGAAGACCACAUUCGCAUGGCAUACAGAGGACAUGGACUUGUACAGUAUCAACUAUGUGCACUUCGGGGAGCCCAAAACGUGGUACGCGGUGCCCCCAGAGCAUGGCUGGCGCCUGGAACGCCUGGCUAAGGAGCUCUUCCCAGCCAGUGCCCACAGCUGCAGGGCCUUCCUGCGGCACAAGGUGGCCCUCAUGUCACCCACUGUCCUCAGGAACAACAGGAUCCCCUUCAGUCGGGUCACGCAGGAGGCUGGCGAGUUCAUAGUCACAUUUCCCUACGGCUACCACGCUGGCUUCAACCACGGCUUCAACUGCGCAGAGGCCAUCAACUUCGCCAUGCCGCGCUGGAUCAAUUAUGGCAAAGCGGCCUCUCAGUGCAGCUGCGGGGAGGCCAGGGUCAGCUUUUCCAUGGAUGUCUUUGUGCGCACCCUGCAGCCCGAGCGCUAUGAGCUCUGGAAGCACGGGCAGGACCGGGCGGCGGUGAACCACGUGGCACCCGCGGCCGCGGGCAGCCAGGAGCCGGGCACCUGGAAGGAGUUGUGGGCGACCGGGAGAGCCACGCUGGGCCUCCGGGACCUGCCGCCCCGCCGCUCACUGAGCCCUGCCAGGCAGGUGGCCGCGGGGCGAGGGGGCCACCGCCGCGCCCCUAGGCUGCCCGCGUCUCGGCGCCACGUGUGGGCCUCUGAUCCUCCCUCUGCAGCUCAGGGCAGGGAUGCCACUUGUUGGCCCCCGGAGCACAGCUCAGCCCUGCUGACAACCUCGGGCCCAUCCGACCUGGGUCUCCACCCAACUGGCAGUCGGGGUCCUGGCCGUCGUCCUCAGGAGCAGGGGACUCAGGAGCUGACUGACCAGGUCCCAGCCAAGAAGCGCCUCUUGCUGAGCACAGCAUGCGCAGCUCAGGAUCCCGGUGCUCAGGCCCUGUCUUUGGACGGACCCUCACUGGACAACGCUGCACCGCCGAGCCCUGUGUCCCCGCAUUCUGCUAAGGCUUCCGGGUGCUGCUGUGUCCCUGCACCCUGAGCCCAGGGGAUGUUUUGGUAGCCUGCUACUCUGACGCGUGGAGGCUCCCUAAGACUGGGCACGUGUACACCUCAGAACCUUCA